AUGCACCCAUUUUGCCAUACCCACAACAGACACCUAAAGAUAAGUACGUGUGAUAGUGGAACUACUCCAAUCCAUCUACAUCUACCCUACCAUCAUCAUUAAUUUCAUUAUUUAUAGGUUUAGUUUCUUGUUUCUAGUUUCUAGUCCCUUCCCCUUGUUAUAGGAAUGGCUUCCUUCUUGUUGGGAAGGUCUAGGAUCUUCACUCUUCACAAAAACCUCUCCUUCUUGUCAGCACCACUUCUUAACCAUACCCCUUCACCUUCUUCCUUCUUUCCAUCAACUUAUAACCCUUUUUUGUGCCGUGAGAUAUCUCAUGCACCAACGGGUAACAACUCAGCUACCCUUUCCUCCUUCUCGCGUUUUGAAUCCACCAAAGCUGCGGCACAAUUAGGAUUGGACCAAGAUGUCUGUGAGGAUGAUCAUAAUCAGGUCAUUGAUUUUCCUGGAGGGAAAGUUGCAUUUACCUCUGAGAUGAGAUUCAUUUCUGAGUCUCCUCAGAAAAGGGUGCCCUGUUAUCGAGUUCUUGAUGAGAAUGGCGAACUCGUGACAUACAGCAACUAUGUACAGGUUAGCAAGGAAAUGGCUGUGAAGAUGUACUCUGACAUGGUCACUCUUCAAAGUAUGGACAGCAUAUUCUAUGAAGUGCAGAGGCAAGGAAGAAUUUCAUUCUAUCUCACCUCAAUGGGAGAAGAAGCAGUUAACAUUGCAUCUGCAGCAGCACUUGCUCCUGAUGAUAUUGUAUUGCCUCAGUACCGGGAGCCUGGAAUUCUACUGUGGCGUGGUUUUACACUGCAACAAUUUGCUCAUCAGUGCUUUGGAAACACAAAUGAUCUUGGGAAAGGCAGGCAAAUGCCUAUACAUUAUGGGUCUAACAAGCACAAUUACUUCACAGUUUCAUCUCCCAUUGCAACACAACUUCCUCAAGCUGUGGGCGCUGCUUAUUCCCUUAAAAUGGAUGGAAAAAGUGCAUGUGCAGUCACUUAUUGUGGGGAUGGGGGGAGCAGUGAGGGAGAUUUCCAUGCUGGUAUGAAUUUUGCAGCAGUAAUGGAGGCUCCUGUUGUUUUUAUCUGCCGCAACAAUGGAUGGGCCAUCAGUACCCCUAUAGAAGAACAAUUUAGAAGUGAUGGAAUUGUAGUCAAAGGUCAAGCUUAUGGCAUCUGGAGUGUCAGAGUCGAUGGAAAUGAUGCUCUUGCUGUUUAUAGUGCAGUUCAUACUGCUAGAGAAGUCGCUAUAAGAGAAAAAAGACCAGUUUUAAUUGAGGCUCUCACUUAUAGAGUAGGACACCACUCUACCUCUGAUGAUUCAACUAAGUACCGGCCAAUCGAUGAGAUUGAAUAUUGGAAGAUGGCAAGGAAUCCUGUAAAUAGAUUCAAAAGAUGGGUAGAAAGGAAUGGUUGGUGGAGCGACAAGGAUGAAUUGGAGCUUAGAAGUAGUAUCAGGAAGCAGUUAAUGCAUGCGAUUCAGGUGGCAGAGAAAGCACAGAAACCUCCACUUGAGGACAUGUUUAAUGAUGUCUAUGACCAAGUGCCAUCAAACCUUAAGGAGCAAGAGAGGGUACUAAGAGAAACCAUAGAGAAGCAUCCCAAAGACUAUCCUUCUGAUGUUCCUUUGUAGAUAUUGGCAGUUCCAAUAAGAAAUUGUACUAAAUCUGACUGUCAGAAUGUAAAAUAUACAAAGGGAUUGAAUGUUCUUAUAAUCUUCUCCAUAUUUGAUGCUUCCUAUGUUAUUCACCC